CAACAAUCGGCUAUUCCCAUUCAUGUCCUUUCUGACUUCUGUCUUCUUUCUUUGCACCAUCCUCUGUCCUUCUUACUUCCACUUCAACACAACUUCAAUAUCCAUCUACCCUCAAACGCUUUUAACGUCAUACAGCAAUACACAGCAUUACUCAGCAACGCACCAGAGUAACAACUAAGAAUUGAGCGCCGAUUACGAUGCCUCGAAUGCCGAAUGUCUGUGGACCGAUUCUCGUGGUUCUCAUUGCCGUGCUGGUCGCUGGCAUGCUCUACGAGAACACCAACAACUCAACUGUAUCCUGGACUGAACCGAGACAGGAUUCCAUGCGCAACAAACACGAUAGUCAGCAACCGCUGCCACCGCCGCAGUGUUCCAAUCCCUCAGGGUUGAUAGGAGACUCGUCCUGUUGCGAUUACGAAACUGUAGGAAAGCUCAAUGUUGACUUUUCCACCAAGCUGCACGAGAUCGUCAACAUGCCCUUUUUCCGGUACUUUAAGGUCAACUUGUACAAGGAAUGUCCCUUCUGGAACAAUGCAGGGCUUUGCAUGAAUGAAGAUUGCUCCGUGGAGACCAUAGACCAAUCUCGAGUUCCUGAACAAUGGAAGGCUGCCAACCUGGCAAAGGUUUCAAUGUCGUCAAACCCGCUUUUUGGAGCACUACCAACAAGACCGCUGAUGAAGGAACAGGACUUUUGUGUCCCAGAGACAGGUGCAGGUGAAGUUUAUGUGGAUCUCAGGGACAAUCCCGAAAGAUUCACGGGUUAUUCUGGCCCCUCUGCUGCCAUGGUCUGGAAGGCGAUCUAUGAGGAGAACUGUUUUGACGUGUCCAAGGAGAUGACAGCAGGAUGCCAGUACUGUGAGUCAGAACGAGCAAAACUCAAGGACCAGAGCAAGCAUGCGGACGAUCACGACCAUGGAAAGGAGAACAUAUUGGUACCACCGGAGCCUGCACCCAUGAAGUCAAUCAAGCCCUCACGGGAAGAGAUGAACGAGAUUUUUUCGCGAGUACCCAAGGACAAGAAUGAGCUCCAGCAGUUGAUGCAGGGGAUCGCCAAGGAUGGCGGUGACGAAGAGUCUUGCCUCGAGAAGCGGGUUUACUAUCGCUUGAUCUCUGGACUUCAUGCCUCAAUCUCGAUCCAUAUCUGCGACGAAUGGUUCAACCAAACGACGGGUGAAUGGGGUCCCAACCUUGAUUGCUUCAUAUCCCGUGUUGGUAUGCAUCCCGAGCGUCUCGAAAACAUUUACUUUGAUUACGUUGUGAUGCUGCGGGCCGUCUCCAAGAUCUCGGACUUUUUGGCUGGAUACGAAUAUCUGACGGGAGAUGAGUCCGUGGACAGAGACAUCAUGACUUCGGUGAGGGAACUAGUGAGUCUGGUGAAGAACUGUCCGCCCACGUUCAACGAAAAGCUGCUGUUUUUGGAAAACCAGGGACAAGGAAAGCAGCUCAAGAGCCAGUUCAGGGAUCACUUUAGGAACGUAACAAGGGUCAUGGACUGCGUUGGGUGUGAAAAGUGCCGACUGUGGGGUAAGGUCCAGACGCAAGGACUUGGAACGGCACUCAAGAUUCUCUUUUCAUACGACGAUGCCGCUCUUCAGGGCCACAAGGCGAACAGCAUCUUGACACGAUCCGAGAUUGUCACCUUGAUCAACACAUUCAAUCGACUUUCUGAGAGCAUAUCAGCCAUUGAGAGAUUCCAAGUCAUGUAUAAGGAACGUCUCGAGAGAGAGCAAGCCCAGAUUUCGAGCUCAUUCUCAACAAAGUCUUUUAUCAAGGCACCUUCCAAGGAAGAGGAUGAUCGCGAUGCCAUUGUUUAUAAAGUUCGCCACUCAUGUGGUCAUUGA